AUGCCGCUUGGAGAGGUUAUCAGUGUGUUUGUGGGCCAAUGCGGUGCUCAGACGUCCCAGGCGGUGUGGGAGCUAAUGGCAAUCGAGCACGGGGUUGGUCCAGAUGGCGUCCUUAUCGAUCCAAACUCCGAAGGUUACACCGAAAAAAACUCCGGAAAUGUUUUCUUUAUGGUCGAUAAUAAGGACAGAUAUGUGCCGCGCACCGUUAUUGUUGACAGUGAACCUACCGUCGUGGACGAAAUCCGGGGAGGCGUGUACCGUUGCAUGUUUAAUCCACGUUCCCUCAUCAACGGCUGCGAAGACAUGGCAAACAACUUUGGCCGAGGCUACUACGGCGUGCCGCAGAACCUAAUCGAUAAAUCAGUUUAUUCGAUUAGAAAGGAAGUUGAAAGUUCCGAUCAGUUACAGGCGUUCCUAUUCUACCACUCCUACGGUGGUGGAACCGGUGGUGGCACCACCUGCCGAAUCGCUGAACUGAUGGACACCGAAUUCAUGAAGACUCCAAAGAUCGAAGUUGCCAUCUUUCCCGACCACCAGAAAUCGUGCUGUGUGGUAGAGCCGUACAACGCAGUCCUGUGCAGCAGCACGCUCGAUGAAAUCAGCAGCUUCACGCUUUUGUGCGAAAACGACGCCCUAAUCGCGAUCAGUAGUAAUAAACUCGGUAUUGACCGGCCCGCCUACUCCCACAUAAACAGGAUUAUCGCUCAGACCACAAGUGGUUUGUCGGCUUCGCUCAGACAUGAUGGUCCGCUGACGGCUACGUUGAUGCAGCUUCAAACGAACCUAGUGCCAUUUCCUCGUCUGCAUUACCUACAACUCGCACUGGCCCCUCUCUGCACACCUGACGUCAUCGUGCAUGAAGCCAUUACAGUGCCAGAAUUAACCCUGAGGUGUUUUGACAAGGACUGUCAAAUGGUACACGGCGACCCAAGAACAGCUGCCAUGAUGUCCUGCGCCCUUCUCUACCGAGGCGAUAUUCCCGUUAAAGACGUUUCAGAUACAAUCGAUGUGAUCAAGAAAAGAGGAGUCAUCGGGUUGGUUGAUUGGUGUCCAACCGGAUUUAAGGUCGGUAUUGUUGAAACGCCGCCAGUAGCUGUGAAGCAAAGCGGUUUGGGAAAGAGCACACGGCAGCUGACCGCAAUGUACAACUCCACGCUAAUUAUCAACCCCCUUAAGAGCAUCCUCUAUCGAUUCAACACUCUCCUAUCGAAGAAGGCCUUUCUGCAUUGGUUCCUGCAGGAAGGCAUGGAAGAAGCUGAAUUCUGCGAAUGCGCCGAAGACGUGCAGGUCAUCACAAACGACUACGUCUUUAUCGAAAACACCUUCCACACGGGGCUGGAUACCAUGGAUCCAAUUGGCGGUGACAGGAGCCGAAACAAUCCGUGCCGAUCUUCUGAAGACGAUGACAAUUUCGAGCUAGUUGAAGAGGGAGGUGAUGAUUUUGGCGAGUCCAACUGCCAGCACAACAUUGCUGUGGAGCCGUAG